GAGCAAUAUUGGUUCACUACAACUCUGUGAUGGGUUUCUUCUUCUUCUUCUUCAUCAGCUUCUUUGUAGUAAUGACUCAUACAGAGGCUGAUAAGAUGGUUCCGGCCAUGUUUGUGUUUGGAGACUCACUGGUUGAUGUGGGUAACAACAAUCACAUAAAGCUCUCACUCUCAAAGGCCAACUACCCUCACAACGGCAUCGAUUUUGCAGGCCAGAAAGCCACCGGCAGGUUCACUAAUGGCAAGAAUGCCGCAGAUUUCCUUGCUGAGAAACUGGGCAUACCGACUUCACCGCCUUAUCUCUCGCUUGUUUCGGCAUCAAACAAGAGCAAUGCAUUCCUUGGUGGUGUAAGCUUUGCUUCAGGAGGAGCCGGCAUUAUGAAUGACACCAAUAAGCUUUUCAAAUCACUUUCAAUCAACGAACAAAUCGAUUACUACUCGACGGUAUAUGGAGAUUUGGUGCAGCAGCUAGGAACUGUUGGAACGCAGAAGCUUUUGUCGAAGUCAAUAUUUGGUGUGGUGAUUGGUAGCAAUGACAUGCUCGGUUACUUUAGACCAAAGUCCACUCUCCGCCUCAAGAUGACUCCCCAGCAGCUCGUAAACUUGAUGAUUUCAACUCUACAAGGCCAGUUGAAGAGGAUAUACAACCUUGGUGGGCGUAAGUUCGCUAUGAUCGGCGUUGGAGCAAUUGGGUGUUGCCCAUCACAGAGAAACCAAAACAAAUCAGAGGAAUGCAAUGAAGAAGCAAAUUACUGGACUCAUACAUACAAUGAAGGCAUCAAGACACUGCUUAAGGGGAUGAAAUCAGACUACAAUGACAUUAACUAUUCCUUCUUUGAUACAUACGCUAUGUUGCUCAACUUCAUCAGAGAUCCAGCUACAUAUGGGUUUACAGAGGUUAAAGCGGCUUGUUGUGGGCUGGGAAACCUCCAUGCCAAUGUUCCUUGCUUGCCCAUUGCCGAAUACUGUUCCAACAGAGGAAAUCAUAUCUUCUGGGAUCUCUACCAUCCCACAGAGGCAGCUUAUCGCAUCUUUGUGGAUAACGUUUUUGACGGUUCACCACCAUAUGUAUAUCCUAUCAACGUAAGGCAACUAGCUGUUAUGUAAGCUGUAAAAGAGAGAGUUAAUACUAUUUCAUAUAUUCUAGAUGAGAA